GGUAAUGCAGUAUAUUAUUGUGUAUUAUUAUGUUAUAUUAGAGGUUAUUGUAGUGUAUAAUGUAGUGAUAUGUUAUAUUAUUACAAGGGUAAUGCAGUAUAUUAUUGUGUAUUAUUAUGUUAUAUUAGAGGGUAAUGCAGUAUACAAUGUAAUGCCUGAUGUUAUCAGUCGACUCUCAGAUCCUGAUGUUGGUGUAGAUGAAGAAAACUUCAGAAUUAUAAUGAGAUAUUUAUUUAGUUUUAUACAGAAAGAUAAACAAUGUGAAAGUUUAGUAGAAAAAAUAUGUCAUCGUUAUAGAGCUACUAGAGUUGAUAGACAGUGGAGAGAUUUAUCGUUCUGUUUAUCAUUGUUAUCAUACAAUGAAAAAUGUUUACGUAAACUACAAGAGAAUUUACCAUGUUAUGCUGAUAAAAUGGUUGAUGAUGAUGUUUAUAGUUGUUUCUGUUCUAUUAUUAAUAAAUCUCGAACAUUCUCUAAACCUGAAGCCAAGGCAUUAAUAGAUGAAUUAGAAGAAAAGUUAGAGAAAUGUCAUAAUAGAGGUUUAGAAGAAGAAGAGAUAUGCCAGAAAGCCAGUACUGCUUCUGAUGCUGCAUCAAAAUUAAAAACUAAACAUAGAACUCCAGGCAAAGGCAGGAAAACGCCUGCCCGAGGAAGAAAAAAUAAAGAAAAUGUACCAUCAGAUGAUGAUAGUCCUAUAGCUAAUCAAAAGACACGAAAUAAAAGCGGAAGAAAAUCCAAGCCGAAGGUAUCAUUUAGUUCAGAUGAGGAGACUGAUGUGGAAUUAUUUGAUAUAGAUGACAAAGGUGAUGAAAAUGAUGAUUUGGAAGAAAUUUUUUCGCCAAAACCAAAUUCAGCCAAAAAGUCUUGUAAUGGACGUGUACCGUUAGGAAAUAGACAGUCAUCACAUAGUACUGCAGAUUAACAUAACAUUACUAUUAAUGUGUAUUUAUAGACUGUUUUCAAUUAAUUCUUAGGACUAUCAAUAAAUCUGAGCUUUAAAUGU